CGCCGUCUGACUUGACAUACACGGCGGUCUUCGAGGGAAAAGUGUUGCUGUAAAAAAAAAAAAACACGACUAGAAGCUCAGCAGGAGCUCUGUCAGUCCCCCCCCCCCAAAAAAAGAAAAACAAACCGAGUGAGAGAACCGGAACCGCAGCAGGACCGUCUUCUUCUUCUUCUUCUCGGACAGGAGCAGCAAACAUGGCGGAGCUGAGGCACCGAGGAGCCAGAGACACCGAGGACAAGGGCUCUGACAGUGAGCUGAAGGUGGAGAAAGAUGGUGUGUCAGACAGUGAAACCAAAGUGGACUCAGGGGUCCCAGAUGUGCCCGUCCCUGCUGAUGACACGCCCGAGGUUCUCAACAAGGCCCUGUCUGGACUCUCCUCCAGAUGGAAGAAUUGGUGGGUCCGAGGCAUCCUGACCCUCGCCAUGAUCUCCUUCUUCUUCCUCAUCAUCUACCUGGGCCCCAUCGUGCUGAUGAUGAUUGUCCUCUGUGUUCAGAUCAAGUGCUUCCAGGAAAUCAUCACCAUUGGUUACAGCGUGUACCACUCGUACCACCUGCCCUGGUUCAGGACGCUGAGCUGGUACUUCCUGCUGUGUGUGAACUACUUCUUCUACGGUGAGACGGUUACAGAUUACUUCUUCACUCUGGUGCAGAGGGAGGAGCCGCUGCGCAUCCUCAGCAAAUACCAUCGCUUCAUCUCCUUCGCCCUCUACCUCACAGGUUUCUGCAUGUUCGUGCUGAGUUUGGUGAAGAAGCACUACCGUCUACAGUUCUACAUGUUUGGGUGGACCCACGUGACCCUGCUGAUCGUGGUGACUCAGUCUCACCUCAUCAUCCACAACCUGUUUGAGGGCAUGAUCUGGUUCAUCGUGCCCAUUUCCUGUGUCAUCUGUAACGACAUCAUGGCCUACAUGUUUGGCUUCUUCUUCGGCCGCACCCCUCUCAUUAAGCUGUCACCCAAGAAGACAUGGGAGGGAUUCAUCGGGGGGCUCUUUGCCACCAUCGUGUUUGGCAUCAUGCUCUCCUACGUGAUGGCCGGCUGGCGUUACUUCGUGUGUCCCGUGGAGUUCAACAACGACUCCAACAGUUUCCAGGUGGACUGCGAGCCGUCGGAGCUUUUCCAGCUGCAGGACUACGCUCUGCCCAGCGUCCUGGAGUCCCUCACAGGAUGGACCACGGUGCGCCUCUAUCCGUUCCAGAUCCACAGCAUCGCUCUGUCCAGCUUCGCCUCCAUCGUGGGACCUUUCGGCGGCUUCUUUGCCAGCGGCUUCAAGAGAGCCUUCAAGAUCAAGGAUUUCGCCAACACUAUCCCGGGUCACGGUGGCAUCAUGGACAGAUUCGACUGCCAGUACCUCAUGGCCACAUUUGUGAAUGUCUACAUCGCCAGCUUCAUCAGGGGCCCAAACCCCAGCAAGGUGAUCCAGCAGCUGCUGGCCCUCCGGGUGGAUCAGCAGCUCCACAUCUUCAACUCCCUGAAGACCCACCUGACAGAGAGGGGGCUCCUGCCGGCUCUGGAGGAGGCUGCCGCCUAAGACCACACCCCCACACACCGGCUCACCGCAAGACCAGAGAGGAGGGCGGCACCCGAGGGGGGAGGGGGGCCCUGUGCAGCUUUGGAGAUUUUUUUUGCGAGACUCGCAGCGCUUCGAGUGAGCUACAACUCAUCGGAGAAAAGCGGGGGGGGGACUUAAAAAAAACGACAGCCUUGGGUCAUUCCAUUUGCUGCGGGUCUGAGAGUUGAGCGUGAACGAUGUUUCUGACACCAGUGUGAAUUACUGUUACUCAUCAUAGCCAAUACAGCUACCUGUACACGGCAUCACCUCUCUAUACUUCUUAUCGUGUGUUGAUAUUUGUCUUCUGUUCAGUUUGAAUGCACCGCUCUCAGCCCUGUGCCUCACUGUAUUGUUACCCCAGGUGACCCCCCCCUCCCCCCCGACUCCUCGCUUAAAUUAAGUUUUAGUUUUCUUCGUUGUGAUGGAUUCUAUUUAUACAUAGAUGGUUUUUAUAUUUGGUAUGUUCUAUUAUAUCUUAAAGCUGUGUCUGUUUGUAUCAGACUGAAUUCACCCUUUGCCAUCAGCCACAUUUCAGUGUCUUUUUUUUGUUUUUCUUCAUAAUUUCAAGUCGCCCGUUUCAUGACAUCGUUUGUUUAUCGAGCAGCCAGCGACGUCCUCAGACGAGCAGCGUAGUGACCCCCGUAGAAUCUCAUGAGUACAGAAUCCAGCCGGGCACUUUGAAGCGUGCUGAGUGCUCAGCGGAAAGUUGUGUUGUGUUUGACGAUGGACGCCAGCAACUAUUUAUCUCUCCCCCUCACCUGGUCGCUUCAGUUUCAAUGGCAAGAGCAGAAAGAUGAGAUCACAGUAACAGAGAGGUUUUUUGUCACACAUGUUCAGUGAGGUGGAUGGGACAGUAAGAAGGAGGGCCGAGUGAUGGGGUCUACACGGUGCAUUUUAACCUACAACAUGACAAUCUGAUGUAGAGACGGUGUUAGUUUAUACUAUCAGUCAGAGUUUAAGAUGGUUUCCAGCAGGAUUCUGAUGCCACCCGCCAAUGAUUAUUGUCUUUAAAGGUCACAUAUUCUCCUCCUCUUCAUCCAGUUUAAAUAAGUCUCAGAGCUCCUCAAAACAUGUGUGUGAAGUGUCUUGUUCUAAAUCCACUCUGAUCCUGUAUUUGAUCAUGUCUAUAAACCCCUCUAUUUCAGCCCUGCUCAGAACAGGCUGUUUCUGUGUCUGUACCUUUAAAUAUGUAAAUGAGCGGUGUCUGACCACGCCCCCUCUCUGGAAGGGCUCGGGUGUCUCGGUCUUUCUCGCUCCAUGUCCUAUUGUUUACGGUGAGAAGGCAGACUCAGAGGACAGAACAAACACCUAGCUGUGGGAGUGUCACCCACCUGGGGGAGGGGCUACUGCCCUUUGUGAUGUCAUGAAGGGAACAUCUCCAAACGGCCUGUUUGAGCACACAUUUUCUGAAAAGUGGAGCAGGCAGAAGACAGAGAAGAUGGACUUUUCUCAUCAUUGGGGGGUUUGUAGACAGAAUAGAGACACAUAUUAGAGUUAGAGAAACAUGGUGGAUUUUAGAUAAUAUGUGACCUUUGAAGAUCAAGAUUUUUCUGUGUGCAGUCAUGUUGUUGGAAGUUAUGAUGCUGUCUGUUAAAGGAGCACUCGGCUGCCGAAGUAACCUUUUAGAAGAGGUACUUCUCUUCUGGACCAUGUUGUUAAAAAUGAAGACCCUGAGGCAGUCCAAGAGUGAGCGUGGCAAAAUCAAAAACACAAAUGUUUCACAUAAAGGGAUCUCGUGCAAAAUAUGGUCUUGUUGCAUCAAGGGAAAUGUUGGUUUACUGACUAGAGGUCAGCACAGAUGGGCACUGGUCUUAUCUGUAUCUGUUACUUGCAACUCAUCCAAUUUUAUAAAAGUGCAAAAUAUUUCUGGAGUUGCCGACACAAUCUGAGUUUUUAUUUUAUUGUAAAUAUAUAUAUGAUUUGACCUCAAGUGACUCUGAGUUGUUUAACUUCUGUUUGAACGAGUCAAAACCUCUUGGGAGAUUCCAAAUGUAAAAAUAUAUUAGACUUGCAGUUUAAUUUUUCAGAACUAUUAAAGGAGCAGUAUGUAACUCUGACCCCUAGUGGUUAAAAUAGGUACUGCAGUGUAAAUUCUAAACAUCAUAGAGAGCUGUCCCCCCCCCCCCCUCCUCUCUGGAGUCGAUGCUCACACAGGUCACCAUGUGGUGGACACUGAAGCUUCAGUGUUUAUCCAGCUCUGUAUGGGUCUGUAAACCUUUCUGUGUUCUAACCUCUCUCCAUUUUUCAAAAACAUCUCCAAUAUUGAUCCUAGUUUGAGCACGUUUCUGCUCGUGGAGCUUAUCAGAAACAUGCAGAGGCUUUUUAGGUCGAGUACAAUCACUUCUAUCUGAACCACUUCUCUUGCUGCUUCCAUCGCUGCAACACCUGUUGACCUGAUAACUGCUCUUAUAUCUGGCAAACUGAGGGGCGUCCAAAACGGCCGUGUGGGGGGGUGUCUUAAAAGCGCCUAUCUUCUCUGGUCCAAACAAAUCCAGAGCAUUCAGGAGCAGAAUCUAAAGUUAGAAGGAGGACAUACUGGCUGCUGCAUUGUUGUCAGAGAAGACAGCACUUCAACAUAGCAUGUUUCCUUAAUGUCUGAUCAUAUAGGAAGAUCACUUUAUCAUUUCACUCACUACACAUCUCACUGAUUGGACCUUUAAAGGGGUGUGACCGAGUGAACCUGCAAAUAGUCAUUGAUCUCAAGUUUCUGAGUUGCUUUGAAAAUUGUUGCCGGAGAGGAAUUGAGGCUUUGCUGCAAAUGUCGUUGACACUGAAACGCGAGAGACAACAACCAAUCACCUCAAGCCGCUCAUCAUGUUUUUGCACUGUCGUCAGUUUGUUUCUGUCCAAUCAGAGAGAGGAAUAGAUUUGUCCUCGUCAGUGAAAACCAAAACAACCCUUACGGAGGUGGUACAGGUGUUAGUUUGACGAGUGUGUUCAAAGGGACAAAAGAGCAAUAUGAGGGACGUGAAGGGUCCGUGUGUCUGUGUCAUUCCCUGUGUUCAGACUCUUCAUAUUGUUUGUGUAUUUACAAUCAAAUGACUCUAACUUUUGCUUCAUUAUGGGAAUCAAUCUGAGUCCACUACAUCGUUAUUAUUCUUUCAGACGGGAUCAACUCAUGUACAAUCCAACAUAUUUAUUCUAAGAUGUCACUGUCACUGCGUCCAUAUUUCAUUACCAUCAGUUUCACCACGUGUUUGAUUUGACUUGUGUGACAUCCCACCCGGUCUCAACUUUCUUAAAGUAUUUAUUUUAUGUACUGUAAGCAGGGGGCGUGUCCAGAGAGGUGGACUGGGGCGGCAUAGGCCCCCCCCUUUGAAAUGUCAUCUGCCACCCAUGGUGCCAAAUACAAAACCCUUAAGUAUGAUUGGUUAUUUGCCCUGUCAGGAGGCGGGACUUAUGUUAAAAUCCACCAAUCAGGCUGUAACGCAACAGGCAGCAUAGUUCUCAGUGUGCAGAUUUAAAUUGUGACUUUGGGCGUCCAUGUUGUUCAAAGUCAAUGAAGAAUAUGUUUGUUUGUGUUACUUAAAAGUCGAUGUGAUCAGUGCAGACAGAAGGGGGUAAAUAAAUGAUCUUCAUUCAUGUGUGCACACAAACUGCAGAGGGUGGUGUCCCAGUUGCCCCCCCCCCUCCAGUCCCAAAAAGUCUGGACACGCCCUUGACUGUAAGAAACCUUUUCAGAGUUAUUCUAUGACACAUUUAAAAAGAUGUUCAGAGACAUGUCGAGUGUUCUUUAGUAUUUUUGUUUAGAGGAAUAUUUAAAGAUAUUAUAGGAGAGCGUAUCGAGGAAGUAGAGGAGCAUUUCCUCUUCUUCAACCUCUCGCUGUGACUUAAGUGCUGUCUGGUGUUUUUCUAGGCUCCUCCCCCCAGUAGCUGUGUGUGUGUGUGUGUGUGUCGACCUACACUCGUAGCACUGUGUUGCAUUGUCUCCCCUCUCAGUAGACGACAGAGUCAAAGCGAGGAGUUCCUCUUAGGUCGCAGCUCUGUACUGCCAUUUCUCUGCCUGGUGUUUUACGGACAGGCCACUAGAGGGCGCUGUUUGAGUGUGUAACACUUGACGCUGCACUGAGCAGGAAGGUUAGAGCCUUUUUGUUUCUGCUGUUUGAUACAUUCCAGUACCUCUGAAGGUUUAGCUCACAGGGAGGCAUGAGGGACAAACGACCACUUUAAAGAACCCUGAUUGUCUUUUUUUUUUGGUUUCAUGGCACGCCGAGGCGGAGACACACCUUGUGCCAUUUUCAAAUCAAAAACAGUGCCACUUUACUGCCCAGCCAGGUCCCUCUUUAAGGAAUGUAUGGGAGACAUGUCUGUCCCCCACAUAUUAUAGCCUCUCCUCCCCUCCCCUUUUUAUUAUUUUGUGCUUAUUCUGAAGCUGUUUGAUUUCAUAUUCUUCUUCUUCUUCAACUGUGCAAUGCUUUGUGUUGAGUUGUACACUUGUCCAGGGAAACGUUGUAUACGGUGAAAUGUGCUUCGCCUCGGUUCAGAGAAAAAUUAAAGAUAUGGAAAAAUAAA